GAAAUAUCGAAAUAAAUUAAUAAUUCACCCUCAGCACAGUACACAGACACGCACCCUAUUAUUUUUCCAAGCAUUUAUACUUUAUACGACUUUAUGUGCCGCGCAAAAAUUUCCCUUGUUUAGAAUUGUGUGUUUCACACUUCCACUUCACUCCGUGGGUCAUUGGCAUCUUGAACAAAAGGGCACUUUCUUUUACAUCGCUCAACGUUCCCAAACUAAAGAACCUAUUAAGUUGGGAAAGCUAAAGAAAGUUGGAGAGAGACUAAAUGGGCUUAGUGUUUCUUGCUGUUGUCUUGAUGCUGGUUUCUGCUUCUGCUGAUGAAGGCCCCUUCAUCGGCGUCAACAUCGGGACGUCCCUCUCCAAACUCCCCACCCCAUCCCAAAUAGUCUCCCUCCUCCAAGCACAACAAGUAACCCACGUGCGCCUCUUCGACGCCGAUAGCUCCAUGCUCCGCGCCCUCGCCAACACAUCGAUUCGCGUGGCGGUCUCCGUCCCCAACGAAGACCUCCUUGCCAUCGGCCAGUCGAAUGCCACCGCCGCCAACUGGGUCGCCCGCUCCAUCCUCCCUUACCUCCCCCACACCGACAUCUCCGCAGUCUGCGUCGGCUCCGAAAUCCCCACUUCCCUCCCCAACGCGGGCCCCGUCCUCGUCCCCGCCCUGCAAUCCAUCCGCUCAGCACUACUCUCCUCGGGCCGCGGGGCCCGCAACAUACUCGUCUCCACCCCUCUCCCUUCCUCCCUCAUCCUCGACGCCUUCCCUCCUUCCCAAGCCUUCUUCAACCGCACGUGGACUCCCGUUCUCCUCCCCCUCCUAUCGUUUCUGCAGUCGACUGGCUCGCCGCUCAUGCUCAACGUCUACCCGUACUACGACUUCAUGCGUGCGCGCGGGGGAAUUCCACUCGACUACGCGCUUUUCGAGCCGUUGCCCCACUCGAACGAGGCUGUGGACCCCAACACGCAGCUUCGCUACACCAACGUUUUCGACGCCGUGGUCGACGCGGCCUAUUUCGCCAUGGAGUAUUUGAAUUUCACGAAUAUACCGAUUUUGGUCACCGAAACGGGCUGGCCUUCGAGGGGUGGGCCCGACGAGCCCGACGCGACUACCGAAAACGCGGCGAUUUAUAACAGCAAUCUCAUUCGCCAUGUGCUGAAUGGGACGGGGACUCCAAAGCACGCGAGGGUUGGGUUCGGGACUUACAUUUACGAGCUUUAUAAUGAGGAUCUAAGGCCAGAGCCUGUUUCGGAGAGAAAUUGGGGUCUUUUCACGGGGGAUGGGGUGCCGGUGUACUCGCUGAGGCUGGCGGGGUCGGGGACGGUUUUUGCGAAUGAUACGAUGAAUCAGACUUAUUGUGUGGCGAGGAAAGGAGCGGAUGAGAAGAUGCUGCAGGCGGGCUUGGAUUGGGCCUGCGGGCCUGGGCGGGUGGACUGCUCGCUGUUGAAGCCUGGUGGGCCGUGCUAUGAGCCUGAUACUGUGGUGGCGCAUGCGUCGUAUGCGUUUGAUGCGUAUUAUCAGAGGAUGGGGAAGGGUGUCGGGACGUGUGACUUCAAUGGGGUGGCAGCUGUCACGACUACGGAUCCAAGUUAUGAACCUUGCGUUUAUCCUGGAAGUGGUGGAGUAAACGGCACUUUUCCAAAUAGCACAGCACUUGCCCCAUCAUUUAACUCUACUGUAUCUGGUUGCCCUUCUGUGUUCUUGUGCAUUGUAGAUUUGUACAUUCCCUCUGCAGUUCUGGUUGUUGUACUCUGGGCUACCAUAUACUUGUAACGAGGUCAACAUUCAUAAUUAAACAAUUUAAGGCCACGGAGUGUUUAAAAUUCCUUGAGGAGAUGAGUUCAGUGUGCCCAAUUUUGUUUCGUGAAUGGGUGUUAGGGCAAGAACUGACGGUCUUUGUGGAAAUUUACUUUAAGAGGGAUUUGAUUCUGAAGUGAUUUCAUUCAAUCUGUACAAUAUAAUCAGUUUGAAGAUUUAGAUGAUGAUGUUGUCAUUACUGUUUCGGCAAAAUGCAGGUUCUACUUAUCAACAGAAUCAGUUGAAGAUGUUUCAAAUUUAACCUGAGGUAUUGUAUCAUUUCAAGG